UUCUGCACAUGUGCGUGUUUCACGUAAGGAAGUCCAACACAUGAGUUUUGGAUGGAGACAGGAGGCUGAGGAGGCUACACAGAGAUCCAGUGAACUCAUCAGUGAAACCUGCAGACACGUUAUCUCUGGAUUCAUGGAUCUCUCAGGGAGUUGAUUCACUUUUCUCUGAGGCAGCUGCAGCUCGUUGUGCCUCUGGACAUAUUAACAUCUACUUCAGCAUGUUGGUGUUUACAUCCGCAGCUCGGCAGCACAGGUUGCUGCUGGUUCGGGGCAGAGGAUUGUACAAGUCGGUCUCUGGAGUGGGCUCUCAGGUUUCCUCUCACCAUUUCACAGCGUCUCUCCUGCACCCAGAGGACAGCAGCUUCAAACCGGGGGGGAAGAGACGACACAGACACAAUGAGACUCGUGAGAGAUCAGUGCAGAGCAAAGAGUGGAGGGAUGAGAUCCCAGUGAUGCAGAGGACAGGUCAGAGGAAGGAAGACGCCCACAGAGUAUCCUCUGAACUCAGGAAGCUGUGUCUGGAGGAUUCCCCCACAGAGAGGGAGCGGCCGGGGACGCAGAGGUCAACACCGGACUCCAGAGUAGAGAUUGUUUUUGGCGUCUCUCCCUGUCUCUUGGCUCUGACUCAGGGCAGAAGGAAGGCCCGUAAGCUUUUUGUACAAGAUGGCGAGGCCUCUCACCGGGCCUCUGUGUUGAAGGUGUGCGAGGAGGCCUGUCGGCGAGGAGUGCGAGUCCAGCGGGUCAGCAAGAAGGAGCUGGACAGGAUGUCCUCUGAGCGAGUUCACCAAGGAGUGUGUCUGCAAGCCAGUCCUCUGAGCUAUCUCACAGAACACUCAGACUCUGCACCAGGCAGAAAGGACCCCCCUCUGUGGCUCGUCCUUGAGGGGAUUCAGGACCCCAUGAAUCUGGGGGCCAUCCUGCGCUCUGCUUACUUCCUGGGUGUGGACAGAGUGGCCAGCAGUCUUCACAACAGCUGUCCACUGUCUCCAGUGGUCAGCAAGGCCAGCGCCGGAGCCAUGGAGGUGCUCGGGGUGUAUGGACACAAGAACCUUGAAGAUAUGGUGAAGCUGAAGGUGGCACAGGGCUGGCAGGUGGUCGGCACAGUGGGCGCCGAAGCAGACGAGUCUCAGCUUCCUGUCACCCAGUGCUCAGACUUUCAGAUGACAGGGCCCACGGUGUUGCUGAUCGGUGGAGAGGGGGGGGGAUUGUCCCGGGGGCUGCUCUCUCUGUGCCAGACGCUGCUCACCAUCCCGGCAGGCAGAGAUUUGUUUCCUGGAGUAGAGUCUCUGAACGUCUCCGUCGCUACUGGGAUCCUGCUGCACACACUGCUCUUCUCCAGGAAGUCGACCACAUGACCACACCAGAGACGUCUAUCCAUAUACUGCUGCUGACCUUUGAGGGUCACAUGGUCUCAAAUCAAAUGCAGUACUCUGCAAAUGCUUUAGGGACUGAAAGUAAUGUCAAAACAGUAAAGACAGCAGACUUUCGGAAACAAAGUCAAAAAUAAUCUGAGGCCAUAAGAGCUGUGUGUGUGCACGGAGACCUGAGCUUGUGUACUGUGCUGUGAAGCUCGAUAUCUGUGGUUUUAUGUGCAAUUAUAGAUUAAUUCUAGAUUUGUCUGCAUAUCAUCAUCUCUCCUUUUCCUUCCAUGUUACUCCCCUUGUCUCCGAAAUUUUACGUCAUAUAACAAUAUUUUGAAUUGUCAAACUGAAAAAUAUCAUUAUACUUGUUGGAUAGGCUAUCAUUUAUAAAAAUCCUACUCCCCAUUAAGUAGGAUGGGAUGUUGCCACAGUUCUAUGGAUUCUAUAUGUCUCAGUGUCCCCUGUCUCUUUAUGUAAAACAGACUGACUCCAUGAUGAUGAGACCAGGAGUCUCUGCUGCAGGACUCCAUGUCCUUAUUGUCUCUGAAGACAGUUCUUAUUGUCCCUGAUGGUGUUGUGUGAUGGAUACAUAUCUAAAGUGCCUAAAGCUUUUUCCCUGCUCUGUAUCAGCCUGUACUUUUACCAAAAAUACAAUGGAACUGAGACUUGGCCAUUAAUACACAGCAGAGUUGAAUAUUAAUCUGAUUGAAAUGUAACAUUUCUAUCAUGAGAAGUGGUUUAAGGGAGAAGACAAAUAUCUAAUAUCAUGAAGACCAACAAUGAAUUGAUCUUUUUAGAUAUAUUAUGUGUGUAUUCAGGAGAUUGAUAUUUAAAUGAUUCUGUGUAACUGGACGCAAUAAAAAUUCCAUGAACACACACACACAUACACACACACACACACCAAUAUACUUAUCUUGUUCUUGCAAUCACUGGAACAAAGUCUGUAUAUGUAUUUAAUUCCUGUGGGCUGUGUUGUGACUGUAUUUUGUAAAGUAUUACUCAGGUGCUGCAUAGCUGGAGCAGUCUGCUUCUCGUGUGCAUUCACAAACCUGGAGACAAAGCUUGUUGGCUCAGAAGCAGGAGCUCAUCCAGAGGGGGGUUCGUUUCCAAAUUUGGACCCCAAGAGAAAUUGAACAGACAUACGAGACAUUCAUCACAAUAGUUUCAAGUUUCAAGUUUUAUGAGGUGUUUUACAAGAAGAAACCGCUCAGCUCAGCAGUACAAUGUAACAUUAAAAUAAAACAAGGUAUAGAAAGAGCUUUCUGUAAAUAAGUCACCUACAAUACAGAACUAGAAUUACAUACAAGGUGCAGCGUGGCAUUCGUUUUAAAUGAAUAAAUAACUUUGGCUGAAUGGAGUUGGUGUGAAUAGUAAUUGCAUGUGUGUGAAUCGGUUGUUUUACAUUCUCCAAAUGAAGUGUAAACAGGCAGGAGAACAGAUGUGCAGAGGAAUAAAGUGCAGGAAACCAGAUGUGCAU